UGUACUGUCAGUCAAGUUGAGGUUGUUUUAUAUUUUUUUAAUUAAGCUUUAAAUCCUACAAAAAAUCGUUUUAGAAUGAGUGUUUUAAGAGAAAAAGUAGACAGCAUAAGCAACAAACCGUUACCCCAUUUAGAAUCGAGAGUUAUAACGCCAGAGGAGGUUUUAAAAUUAACAAAAAUCACUGAUACAUAUUUAUGUGAUCCCGAUGCAAACAUAUACGAUAUCGACUUUACUAGAUUCAAAUUGAGGGAUUUAGAAAGCGGGGCUAUUUUGUUUGAGAUAGCCAAACCAUUGCCGGAUAAUAUCGAGGACAACGUCGAUAAAAAUACGGAAAAUGAAGAGAUUGUUGAUCCGAAUGCUGGUAGAUUUGUGAGGUACCAGUUUACACCGCAGUUUUUAAAAUUAGAGACAGUUGGAGCUACGGUAGAAUUCACUGUAGGCAGUAAGCCUGUAAAUAACUUUAGAAUGAUAGAACGCCAUUUUUUUCGAGACAAGUUAUUAAAAACGUUCGACUUCGAAUUUGGAUUCUGUAUACCGUACUCAAGAAAUACUUGCGAGCAUAUUUAUGAAUUUCCUUCAUUACCUCCCGAACUAGUUCAAGAAAUGAUAAACAAUCCAUUUGAAACCAGAUCCGACUCGUUCUACUUUGUGGAUAACUGUCUUAUAAUGCACAAUAAGGCUGACUAUGCUUACAACGGGGGCAUGUCAACAUAA